UUUUGGUUAUCCGGUUUGUCCAUAUGUCAGUCAUUUUAGACUAAUGUAAUCCAUAGAGAAAAGUAAUACAUAGGAAGUAAUCUGUGAAGUCAACCAACUUGUCAAGUUAUUUCUGUUCUCCAAAACUCCAAAAUAACUUUUCUGAAGUUGCGAUUGUGAAAGGCUGCUAAAUAGGAAUACUAAAUAUAUUACCCUAACGCUAUGGGCACAGACACAGAGAAGGAAGCAGGUUCUUACAUCCUCAAAAGCUAUGGAGAUUUUUUCAAAAAACAGUACCAAGAUCUUGCUUUACUCAGUAACAACGGUGUAUGGGAUGAAAACAAAACAUUCUUGCCGAUACAAGUUCUUAUGGAGCCCAAUGAACACAUAUCGGUAACGAAAUUGGUUGCAUCUGAUAAUACAUUGAUGACUAAAGUUUUGGGUGUUUUAUCUUCACUUUGUGUAGAGGUGAUGGAGCUAAAAAAGGAGGCGUUUGAAAGAUUUUUUCCAUUCCUAGCAGUUUAUGAGGAGUAUGCUAGUAGUGAGGUUGCCUCUCAGAUGGAAAUCAUAUGUGAACUGAAUGCUUUCGUUAUACGCUGUGAGGAAAGCUUGAGAAAUCUGUGCUCUCAAGUGUUUGCUGUGUACACAGAAGGAAUAGUCAAUCUAAACGGGAUCCAGCUACAUUAUGUAAUCAAUCACAUUGGAGAAUUAUUCACGCUGCUUGUUUUGCUGGAGCUCCUCAUAUCCAACUGUUCUUUGUCUACAAAAUGGAGCAAAUACUGCAAAAGCCUAGAAGCUUACAGGGACUCCCCUGACAGUCUAGAUGUCUCAGACUUUGAAGCCCUAACUACUGCCAUAAAGAACAUUACAACUAAAUUGAUGAAUGAUGACAUUGUCCAAAGCUCUUUGCAAAGUCUUUUGUCACUCAGAAAGAAUUUGGUGGACAAAAACUGCUCAAACGCUUCAUUAGAAUUCACACAGUAUUUAAAACAAGCCAUAGCCAACUUAGAUAAAUUAGUACAGGAGAAACCUAAUGUCACCAACAUGUACAAAUGUAUCAAAAUGAAUUCCCUUUUUGUGCUGAGUUCACAUUUAUUUGGGAACAAUGAUAAGAAAGUUUUUAAAUCUCUAAUAGAUUUAAACACAAAGGCACACAGCAUUCAUGUAAUAGGGACAACAAUUUGGUUUCCAGAACAGUUUCUUCAAAGACAUUUACCAGCACUCUGUGGAAGCCAUGGAAAAAUAGCCCAGACAAUGCUGAAAGCGCGCCAAGCACACAUAAGUGCUAAAAAAGGAUCCCUCACAAAAGACAUUUCUUAUCUCCAGUCUUUAUGCACUCAGUGGGCUUUAUCAGUAGAAGACACCUUCUCAUCAAGCCAUAACAAGUUGUGUGCAGCAGAAAUGACCCAACAUGCUAAAAUACUUCUAGAAGGCUUAGAAAUCACAUCCAACAUUAGUUACUCCAUCCUGACACUUAUUAAUUUACACCUAUCACUUGGCAUACCACUAUCUAAAAGUGUGCUCAUGUCAUCAUUUGAAAUAAUAGAUAUGUUGAAAAGUUUACAAAAUGUGGUUUUGCGAAAUCACUAUCCAAUAAUCAACUCUAUCAACAUGAUCAUACAGCAUUUGAUAUUCCAAGCCACCAUGUCUGUGCAAGAAGUGAGGAAAACUUUAAUGACUGACAAAAAUUACGCAAAUAAAAGACUUGAUGAACUCACAUGCAUUGUGAUUGCAGAGCAAGCUUUAAAAGGAGCUACGACUAUGGAGAGAAACAUAGCUGCGAAUAUAGCUCUAAGCUUUGUGCCAGAUACCACAUAUUUAGAAGAUAGCUAUGCUAGACUUGGUGUUCUGCUUGAAAAAGUUCAAACACUUUCCAGUUUUAAGAAGACCUUUGAAAACUUGUGCAACUGCUCCUGGAUGCUGUGGCAUCAGAACAUUGUACCCAUUUACUUUGAGCAGAAUUUCACCACUCAAUUGAAUGCCUUAAAAGUCAAAUAUUUCCUAAUCGUAUUAGAAGACUGUUUUACAAUGCUUCACAAGACUGACAACCUUUAUGAAAUGAAUAAAUCUCAAGAAUUUCUCAGUGACAUGAGAAAUCUUAUUGAUGAAAAAAUACUCAAAACUACAAGUCAGAAUAUUGAAACCAAUCUCAGAUUACAUAUUCAUUCUCACCUGCAACUGGAUGUUGUUAAUCCAUUUACAUCUGAUAUAACAAAGAAACUAUUACUGGCUAUUGAUAAUUUUCGUAUUCAGAAUGUGUAUUUGUGCGUAGUGCCAUCAGUGGAGCACUAUCUGUCUACCAUGUAUUAUAACUUGACCACGGUUGUAUUGUCAGACUGGAAAACUUAUGGCGAGAUGCGACAAAUGGCGAAGUUCAAGUUCAACCUUCGCACUGUUCAAGACAACCUCCCCACGCAAACCCUCGAGCAAGGCUUAGAUGUGUUGGAAAUAAUGCGAAACAUUCACAUAUUUGUCGCUAAGUACUUGUACAAUCUGAACAAUCAAAUAUUUAUUGAAAAAAGCAGCAAUAACAAGCAUUUGAAUUCAAUUAAUAUCAGGCACGUCGCUAAUUCAAUAAGAACUCAUGGCACUGGCAUCAUGAACACGACAGUCAAUUUCACUUAUCAAUUCUUGAAGAAAAAGUUUUUUACCUUUUCCCAGUUUAUGUACGAUGAACAAAUUAAGUCUAGAUUGAUAAAAGAUCUGCGGUACUUCAAAGAAAUUUCUGUUACAAGCGGAAAUAUGUAUCCCUAUAGGAAUGCUGAGAAAUUCAAUAAGGGUAUCAAGGUGCUUGGAACAGAUGAAGAUGGACAAAGUUACUUGGAUCUGUUCAGAGAUCUGAUCAGCCAAAUUGGGAAUGCGAUGGGGUACGUGCGAAUGAUAAGGUCUGGCGGCAGACAUUGCUGUUCAGACGCAACUGUGUUCUUGCCGUCACUAGAAACUACGAGUUCAUUCAAAGAAUUGAGCGACGAAUGUGGUUUGGGACCCAAAACAAUUAACUCCGCUGAAAAUUUAGACAGCACUAUCAAUGGUUUGCUGACGAACUUUUUACAGGGUACGGAAUAUUUUAAGUUGCUCGUCGAUGUGUUUGCGCCAGUUUUCAGAAACCCCAAAAACGUUCACCUGAAGAACUUCUUCAUUAUUGUGCCGCCGCUGACUCUUAACUUCGUAGAGCACAUGAUAUUAUCUAAAGAUAAAAUGACAAAGAAAAAUAAGGCUGGGGCAGCAUUCACUGAUGAUGGUUUCGCGAUGGGAAUCGCUUACAUUUUGAAGUUAUUGGAUCAGGAUUCUGACUUUGAAUCUUUACACUGGUUCGAUGCUGUAUGGAAGCACAUAUCUACUGAAAGAAAAACUCUUGAAGAACAGAAGACUAAAGGGUCAGUUCAACUGCAGCAAGCUUUAGCCCUUACGGAAAAGAAGAUCAAAAUCAUAGAAGAAGAAUUUAAACUUUUGUAUUACAGUCUCACUAGUGCGAGAAUAUUUUUUAGAUGAGCACAUAGUAUGUUAUAUAGCUAUUAAAUUAUGCAAAUAAACAAUAUUAAACAUAUAUUUAGGUCGUUCAAGAAGUAAUUUAUUCAAAGAAUAACUGCUCGUGCUAUCUAAAUUCAAUUUUGUCGGAAAUAGCUUUUUAUGAGCGUGCAAUUAAUUAAUUGAGCUUUUUGUUAACGCGUGCGUGUGACGUAAUGCUAUAAACGUAUGUAUAAUAAGAUAGAUAAUUAUGUUAAGAUAUCGUGAUAAUGAUGAAAUACAAAAUGGAAGUAUAUAGAGUUCAUAUUUGAUAUUCAUCCUAACUGUGAUAAAUAAAGAUUGUAUACGUAAUAUGACAGCAAGUUACAAUAUUUUUAAAGUAUCAAAACAAAAUAUCCAUAAAAACCGACUAAUCGCUAGGUAAUUACUGUGUAAUUAUAUUCUGUGUUAAUUUCUGAAUUAUUGAUAGAUUUCUACAUAUAAAAUUUAUUCUAAAGACACUAGAAAUGAUUCUAAAGAAAGACCCUAGAAAUUAGUUUCGGCAUUAUGUAAUUGAUAAAUAUCGCCUUGUUAUUAAUAUGUAAACUUAUUAUUGUUAUAACGAAUAUUUGGGUGAAAAUUCAUUAUUUUUAAAUAAAGCAACGUAAAUUAUU